UCUGGACAUCUCUUUUUACAAACGCCGACAAAGUCAAGCGUCUCGAUGACAGAGAUAUCAACAAUGGCUUCAUUAACAUUACAAACAGAACCGUCAAGUAGCAAAGGAACUUCAUCAAAGAGUGGUCGAUUAGAUCGGCUGAAAAAUUUGGAAUUACGCAUGAAUGAAGCCAGAAAGCUGAACCAUAAAGAAGUAGUCGAGGAAGACAGAAGAAAUAAACUUCCUACAAAUUUCGAACAGAAGAGAAAGCGGGUAGAGUGGGAGGAGGAGGAAGAAAAGAAGAGAAAGGAGACUGAGGCUAAAGGAGAAGACUAUGACAGAGUGAAAUUGCUAGAAAUUGGAGCGGACGAGGCAGAAAAAUGGGCACGAAAAAAGAAGCAGAAGAACCCUGAUCCAGGAUUUUCUGGGUAUGAAGCAGCUACAAGGCGCCAGUAUGACAGGCUCACUAAAAGUCUCAAGCCUGACAUGGACAACUAUAACAGACAAAAGGACAAGCUAGAAGAAGAUUUCUAUGCAACAGGGAACACACUGGGGCUUAAUCAGCACAAAGAUUCUGAGGAGUCUGUUGACAGAAUGGUGACUGAUCUUGAGAAACAGAUUAAAAAGCGUGAGAAGUAUAGUCGCCGCAGGACAUUUGAUGAAGAUGCAGACAUUGAUUACAUCAAUGAACGUAACAUGAAAUUCAACAAGAAGUUGGAGAGAUUCUAUGGGACCUACACUGCUGAGAUUAAACAGAAUCUUGAGAGAGGAACAGCAGUGUGAUCAAAUGACCCUAUGUUUGAAAUUAUUGAUAUCUUUUUACAAGUACCAUUUCGGGUUUCAUUCAAAUCAUACAAUAUCCAAAACCUUGUUUAUGGUUAUUGAUGCAGAUAACUCAUAUCCUGGUGAGAGAAGAGUAUUCCUUGAUUAUUGCUACAUCAAAGUUCCAUAUACCGGUACACUCUUAGUGGAUGUAUGAACACCAUUUCAAGUAACAGUUUUAGGUUAUGGCCUUAUAAACUAAAACAUUGCUUAAUUAUGUAUACAAGGAAUACCCACAAGUAUACAAUGGCAUGGAAAAUGAUUUGUAAAGGUAAAGAAAAAUAGAGUUAUUGUAUGUAAAACUGUGACAGAUACAGAUGGAGAGAGGGAGAGAGAGAGAAUACUUUUUAAAUAUUUAUAUGCCUAAAUUUGUUUGUGUAUCAUAAGUGUAGAAGACAUAUUACAGUUUGGCUUGCCAACAAACAUUGGGAAUUUACAUAAUUGCUUUUAAUUACAAAAAAAUGUUUGCUCUAUGUCAAGUACAUAUUUUGUACUGUAAUAUUGGCGAAAAUAGCACUGCCUCAAAAAUUGUCAUGUUUGCAGUACUAUAUUAUCUGUAUUUUUUGUAUAUAAUUCUUAACAACUUUAAAGCAGACAUUUCAUGCAAAUGUACAAUGUUAUUGUCCAGUAAAAAAAUAAAGAAUAUUCAUAUUUUGAUUUUAUUGA